GACUAGUACUUCCUCUUUCCUGACUGAUUAGCCGCCACGAUGAAAGUCGAACUCUGUAGCUUCAGUGGUUACAAGAUUUAUCCCGGCCAUGGCCGACGAUAUGCCAGGAUUGACGGAAAGGUCUUCCAGUUCCUGAACGCCAAGUGCGAAUCAGCUUUCCUGGCCAAGAGGAACCCCAGGCAGAUCAACUGGACCGUUCUGUACAGGCGGAAGCACAAGAAGGGCCAAUCCGAAGAUGUGGCUAAGAAGCGCAGUCGCCGGGCUGUCAAGUUCCAGAGAGCCAUCACCGGUGCUUCCUUGGCCGAGAUCAUGGCGAAGAGAAAUCAGAAGCCCGAGGUCCGGAAGGCCCAGAGAGAACAGGCGAUAAGGGCUGCUAAGGAGGCAAAGAAAGCCAAGCAGGCUACGAAGAAGCCGUCAGCUGCAUCAGGUGCAAAAGCUCCCGCGAAGGCAGCUCCCAAACAGAAGAUUGCCAAGCCAAUGAAAGUCAACGCACCCCGUGUUGGAGGAAAGCGCUAAGAUGUUGACUGAUCUGGUUACUCAUAUUAUUCAGAGUAAAAUAAAAUAGGAGGACAUUUACUGACCCGGACUCUCAAACUUUUUUUGGUUUAUUGCUAGCAUCAGCUGCGUAACCCUGUCUAUUGAUGGAGUCCACAUAAGCCUACUGUAUUUGUGGUCUGAUGUAUUUUAUUGACAAAUUUCGAGAGUAGGCUACCUUCAUUUAAUUUAAAACUAAGAGGCUAUUAAACACUAUAUCAGUGUUUUCAUCAAGAUGUUAUGACUUAUGAAUGUAGAAUAAUUAUCAUGCAGAAUAAUUCUCCUCUAAGGUUAAAUUUUGGAACCAUACCAGCAUUAAACCAGACUUCUCCAAA